AUGUACCAUUAUCCCAGUCCUCACCCCGGGUGGUCUUCCUACGACUACAUGACCUCCCCUCCCACCUCGCCUCACUACGCCUAUUACGCCACCCAAUUUGCCAGUCCCUACGCCUCGCCUCGUGGCCCCUCGAAGCGCCAUAAUCGCAAAGCCAGCUACGCCGGUCCUAGGGAAACGGCAGGAUGGUAUUCCGGGUAUGGCCAUGGAAUCUAUGAAGCGAUGCCGGAGCAUGGCACGCCACCGCGCAAGCACGAUCCUGUAAGUGCUUCUUUUGGUGGCUAUCACCGUCGUCGCAGUACCAUGGCUGGUGCGCCCGCCGGUCCGUGGGAGUCCGCUGGCGCUCCGCCAUCGCACAAGCGACCCAUCUUUGUGGAUGUGGUCGACGAUGCAUACGAUGACGCCCCCCGAUACGUCUUUCGCGAGGAACCCAGUCCUCCCCGUCGCAAACCAACGACGCCUCCGCGCAAGCCAAAGCCACCCACUGAUCAAUACUUUUACUAUAACCAGGUUCCUGCCCAAGAUGAUGUCGAUUCCGCCAAACGCGCCCGGGCGCGUCGCCAAUCUACCUCCACUCGGACGCCGUCCAAGCCCAAGCCUGCACCCGCGGCCAAGCCGCCGCCAAAGGCCACCGAAGAGGACGCUGCGCGGGCCGGUAUCCCCGAGGGAUACUCGAUCAAGAACUGGGAUCCGACGGAAAUGCCCAUCAUCCUACUGGGCAGUGUAUUCGACGCCAACUCGCUGGGCAAGUGGAUCUACGACUGGACAGUAUUCCACCACGGCGCGUCGACUCCUAUGGCAGAUGUCGCAGGCGAUCUGUGGUUGUUGUUGAUCAAGUUGGCCGGUAAGGUGAAACGGGCAGACGAAUGCAUCGAUCGCAUCAAGCGCCGCGAUGCGCGUGAGACGGUUGCGGAUUUUCUGGAAAGUGGCGAACGCCUGUGGGUGCGAUUCAAGAAGCUGCUGAAGACAUGUGAACAGUUCAUGUGGAAGGCCGCCAAGCGCGAGGGUGGCAAGACGGUCUCGAUGGGCCGUAACGCGGGCUGCGAGUUUGUGGAAACGAUCUUCGGCCGGGACCGCGAGCUAGAAAGCACGGAGAAGUUGAUGAACAGCAUUCGGUUAUGGAACAUGCGCUUUGACGCCAACUGCGAGGAGAUUCUUCGCCGACCGACCUCAGCUUAG